AUGGCCGACCCGUGGAUGAUACAGCCUCACGAACAUAUAAAAUUUGGUGAGCUGUUUAGAAGUACUGGCCCUGUGAAUGGAGUCCUCACAGGAGAAGUGGCCAAACGGUUCAUGUUGCAGUCACGACUUCCCCCACCUGUCUUGGGUCAAAUUUGGACAUUAGCCGACACUAAUGCUGAUGGUAAACUGGAUCUCAAGGAGUUUUCCAUAGCUUGUAAGAUUAUUAAUUUGAAACUGCGUGGUAUUGAAAUACCAGAAACUCUUCCGCCAUCCCUGCUGGCUUCGCUGAGUCCCACUGGUCCGAAACAGAACUUUCCACCACCAAAACCCCCAAUCCCCCCCAUGCCCUCUGCAAUGUCUCAACCCCUCAUCUCCGGACUCCCUUCGCAGUCACUUCUUGGUGAUCUAGCUCAGUCAAGCGCUAAACCUACAGUACCCGAUCUCAUCUCCGGAGUGAAACCUACUCCACCGCUAAUACCGCCGCAGCCAAUAGUAAACCAACCGCUGGUCGGUAUGGUACCGAUGCCAAACCAAUUACAUCAAUCCUCGCAACCACUCAUGGGUCAAUCCUUGAUGGAUUCCAAUCAGCCUUUGAUCAAUUCUGCUCCUAUUAUGAGCCAAAUGCCACCAUCUUCCCAAGGACCUCAACUCAUGAGUGCCGUACCGCCCAUGGGCAGUCAACCAGUGGUAACCAUGGGCAUGGGGAUUGAACCAAUCACAAAUCAGUCCAUGGGUGUUCAACCUAUGGGUGUUUUACCAAUGUCAAGCCAGGCUAUGGGAAUUUCAACUAUGAGUCAGCCUGUAGGAAUUCCAAUUAUGAGCAGUCAGCCCAUGGGAGUACUGCCAAUGACAUCUCAACCUAUGGCCAUUCCACCGCUGGCCAAUCAAUCAACUGCGCCCAUGACAAAUCAGCCCAUGGGCGCUCAACCAAUGACAAGUCCGCCAAUAGGGGUCCAACCGAUGACGAGCCCACCAAAGCCGCAACCACCUCUCCCCACUGGUACGACUGUGAGUUCUUCCUUCAGUCCUCCGAAGAGUGGUACGCCGACGACUGCAGGGUCGAUGCCUGGCGCACCCAUUACAUCGACGCCGAUUACUGCUAUAAGACGCGAAUCGUUGGGAUCGAAACCAGCAUCAGGAGUUACGAGUCCCACGGAUCUGCCCAUGGGCGUGAUGAGCCCGCAGCAAGUCGACUGGAACAUUCCGCAACCGCAGAAAUUAAAAUAUACUCAACUUUUUAACGCAACUGACCGAGCGAAGGCUGGUGCCGUUUCGGGGGCGCAGGCGCGCGCCAUCAUGUUGCAGUCACGUCUCCCGCAGCAGACUCUUGCGCUGAUUUGGGCACUUGCAGACUUGGAUUGUGAUGGGAAACUUGGAUGCGAAGAGUUCGUCUUAGCUAUGUACCUCUGCGAAAGGGCAACCCAGGGCGAAGCCCCACCAGAGAAGCUCCCCCCAGAGUUAAUCCCGCCCACUUUUAGACGAGACUCCGUAACGAGUAAUUCGAGCGCCGGGAAAUCUUACGAGGAGAGAAGACAAGAAAACUUAGCGCGAGGCCAAGCGGAGUUAGAGAGAAGAAGGUCCCAAUUGGCUGAUGUGCAAAUGAAGGAGAAGGCUGAAAGAGAAAGAAAGGAGAGAGAAGAAGCGGAGAAAAAAGAGAAGUUGAGACUUGAAGCGCAGAAGAAGGAACAAGAAGAGUUGCAGCGGAAGCAGAAAGAAGAACAGGAGAAGCGCGAGGCGGCCCGCAAAGAAAUGGAGAGACAGUGUCAGCUGGAAUGGGAGAAGAAAAGAACUCGGGAACUGGAGACGAUGCGUACAGAGGAGCAGACGAAAGUGCUGAGCCUCAAGGCGCAGAGCCAAGCCUUGACGGCGGAACUGAGUUCCGUCAAUCUGAAGGCGGGCAAUUUGGCUAAGGACAUACGGGAGACCAGAACCGCCGUAGCCACGGCCAAGUGCACUAUUGACUCUAUGAGAUCGGAUCGCGACGCAAAUAUGUCCGAGAUGCAGCAAUUAAAGGCUCGAGUGAAGGAGCUAAACGCGAAACAGAUAGCUCUUAACAAGGAGAAGGCUGACCUAGAUGCCAAGGCGAAGGCGUCAGAGGGCGCUGGCGACGACGGAAAACUGAGCAUGAUGGAAGUGACGUUGAAACAACUCAGAGAUAAGGUGGAAGCGGCCAAGGCGAUCGUGGAAGCGAAGAAAUCUGACCUGGACAGCAAUCAGCAGCAGUUGGCCGACGUGACAGCGCGAGUGGACGAGCUGAUAAACAAGUGCGGACAGGUGUGGCAGUUAUACGAGGAGAAGAAGCAGAAGUACGAAGCCGAGAGGAGCACAGCGCCGGCUGAUAGCGCCGACGCGUGGGGACCGUCAGACGACGCUUGGGCCUCCGCCCCGACUACGGCUGACUGGGGCGACGCUCCAGCAACCACAGCUGUAGAUAACGUGACGUCAUCGUCCACGCCAAGAUGGCGGUGCGUGUACGAAUUUGCGGCACGAACAGUGGACGAGUUGAGCUUGCAGCCCGGCGAUUUGGUCUUCGAAGCUGACGCACCACGAGGGGAUGCUGAACCAGGCUGGCGGUGGGGCUCUGCUAGAGGUCAAUCCGGGUGGUUCCCUGAGUCCUAUGUAGAGGAUAUGACGGCGGCGCCAUCUUACGAACAAGUUGAACCUAUAGAGACCAAGACACAAUUGGAGGGCAUAGCCGAAGUGCCGGAACCGGAGGUAGCCAGCGAUUUGGGCGGAGCCAUGCCACCAGUUGAAGGCGGAGACUUCUACAUAGCGGCGUACCCUUACGCAUCGACGGAACCCGGUGACCUGGUCUUCGAAGCCGGCGAAAGGAUCGAGGUGGUAAGGCGUGACGGUGACUGGUGGACGGGCAGGAUCGGAAUACGAACUGGUAUUUUCCCAUCGAACUACGUAACGAAAGACAGUACAACCGGCGACGUGAUGUCGAGUAUACCGGAGACGAGGGAACCGGAACCAGAACCACAGCAACAGCAACCGCAGCCGGAGCAGCAGCAGCAGCAGCAGCCGCCUGAACAGUUCGUGGAACCGAUUACAGAAUUACAGCAAGAACAAAAAUCCUCGACCCCCAUAUCGUCAGAGGUCGCCAAUAUAACGGAGUCUAGCGGAGCACAGGGCGGGCCGAGACCCGCCUCCGCCGCGCGUCGCACCUCCGAAUCCGGCCGCGACUCGGUCACAGGCAGGCGCAAGCACGAAGUUGCGCAAGCGCUCGCUAACUACACGGCAACUAGCCCCGAACAACUCUCACUCAUGAAGGGACAGCUAUUGAUAGUCAGGAAGAAGGCGGACAGCGGGUGGUGGGAGGGGGAGCUACAGGCGAAGGGGAGGAAUAGGCAGAGCGGUUGGUUCCCCGCCAGUUACGUUAAGAUUCUACAGUCGAGCGGUCGUACCUCUGGUCGUACGACACCGGUGUCAUCAAAGAUGGACGCAAUGCCCUCCGAAACAGUUAUAGACAAGGUGAUAGCGCUGUACCCUUACACUGCUCAAAAUGCUGACGAAUUGAGUUUCGAGAAGGACGACAUUAUAGCUGUGACUGACCGAAGCCAGGACCCAGCUUGGUGGCAAGGUGAACUUCGUGGUAUGACUGGAUUAUUCCCGAGCAAUUACGUCACGAAAUUAGUCAACUAA